ACCGGCGCUGGCUAUCAUUUGCACCGCACCGUUUUGCAAUAAUCUGAGCUCGUGGAAUACGUUCUAAUUUUUUUUACAAGAAUCUCAUUCUGGGUUCAAUGAAGUUGAUAUUGGAAUCUCGUAAUGAGGUGGCUUCUGCCGUGGAUUCUAAUAGUAGCCACCACUCAUCAGGUCUUUUCCCAAUAUUCCACAUCCGUGCCUCCCUUGACGGCGACCAUAGAGCUGUAUAACCGUACAGCGUACUGCAAAUGGCCGUGCAAGUGUGCCAAGAGCGCCCCCCUGUGUCCGCCAGGGGUCAGUGUGCUGAUGGACGGCUGUGACUGUUGUAAGGCCUGUUCCAAGCAGGCGGGGGAGACCUGCAACGAGGCCGACGUCUGUGACUACCAUAAGGGACUGUACUGUGACUACAGCGUGGACAAGCCGAGGUACGAAAAAGGAGUAUGUGCCUACAUGGUGGGCACAGGCUGCGAGUACGACGGGGUGAUCUACCGGAACGGCCAGAGCUUCCAACCCAGCUGUAAGUACCGCUGUCUGUGUGUAAACGGCGCCAUCGGUUGUGUGCCGCUCUGCACAGACUCCCAUCCACCCCGGGUGUGGUGCCAGACACCCAGGCGGGUCAAACUGCCGGGCCGAUGCUGUGAGCAGUGGAUCUGUGACGAGCCCAGGAAGACGCGCAAGGCAGCCCCCGGACAUGCGGAGAUAGUGCGCGCCAGCCACAAUGAGGUCUGGCAUAAGAACUGCAUUACCCAGACCACCUCCUGGUCCCCGUGUUCCAAGACCUGUGGACGUGGCCUGUCCCUCAGGAUCUCCAACGCCAACGACCAGUGUGAGUUGAUCAAGGAGUCACGCCUCUGCAACAUCCGGCCCUGUGACGUCGACAUCACCAAGCACAUCAAGCCAGGGAAGAAGUGUCUGAACAUUUACAGGGAGGAGCAGAGCCAGAACUUCACCAUCUCAGGCUGCAACAGCAAGAAGCCCUACCGUCCAAAAUACUGUGGUGUCUGCAUGGCCACAGACGAUCGCUGCUGCAUCCCUUACAAGUCCAAGACUAUCGAGGUGGAGUUUGAGUGUCCCAACGGAGCCACGCUGACAUGGCAGGUGAUGUGGAUCAACGCCUGCUUCUGUAACCUCAGCUGCAGGAACCCCAACGACAUCUUCUCUGAGCUGGAGCACUACUACGACCACAACGAGGUCAUCAACUGACAACUGAGCAGCCUUGUCCGAGCCUGAAUGUACGGCCCAAAGGGCAGGAGACCAUCUCCUGUUUCUGUAGCAUGAGGCAGUUUAGUGUACAAGUACAUCCCCUGGGUAAGACGCUCGUCUGCCGGAGGGCUUUACCCAAAUCCAUCUCCUUAAUGCUGAAUGCAAAGGGUUUUUACAGUCUUUGGUAUGAAUCGACUGGGGAGAACUGAGCAGAGGACAGGUUCAUUUAGGUUAUUAUUGACUCCAGCUUUACACUCCUUGGAAUAAAGGGAUUGAUGAUUUGUUGGUUAGUGAGAUGUUCAAGCACCAGGCUGGAACAAAGCCUGCACCCCCUUAAGGUCCGCAGGAGUAGGAGGGAAGAACAUUGCAGUUGAACCCAAACUCUUCAUUAUGAUCUUGAUUAAAAACAAAAACAAAUUAUGCACAGGGUUUAUCAAUUAUUUAACCUCCAUUCAAUGAGGGGAAAAGGGAUGUAGUUGUUUUUCAAUUUUCUUUUAAACAUCUAAAUAUACACUGAGUGUACAAAACAGUAAGUACACCUUCCUAAUAUUGAGUUGCACCCCCCCUUUUG